AUGCGAGAUAUUCUCUUGCCGCAGGUUCAGUCGCGCUUCAGCGACACUCUUGAAUCAAAGAAUCAGAAAAGAGUUAUCGAUCUUGCUAUCAAAGACUUCAAAGAGCGCCGCCAGCAGCCAACACCCGAGUUUAUCUGUAUCAGUAUAAGCAACUUAAAGGCGUUCUUGUUUGCUGGUCAUGACACCACGGCUCAGUCUAUUUGCUGGUUACUCUACGAAAUUUACAAACGCCUCGACAUCCUCCAAAGACUACGCGCAGAGCACGAUGAAGUGCUAGGCCCCGACCCAAAAUCAGCAAAUAAGGUGUUCCAAGAAAGCCCUCAUAAGGUGAACGAGCUACGCUACACGGCGGCAGUCAUCAAGGAAUCGCUCCGCAUCCAUUCUCUAGCCAAUAUAUUCCGGCAAGGCAGCGCUAGAUUCAACUUCUCGCUUGACGGCAUGUGGUAUCCCACUUACGAGUGCAAGAUCCAAACAAGUCCGACGAUGACUCACAUCCAUCCAGAACUGUGGCCUCGCCCGACGGAAUUUAUACCAGAUCGGUUCCUGGUUUCGGAGGGCCAUGCUCUGUAUCCUCUUAAGAAUGUGUGGCGACCCUUCGAGCUGGGAAAUACGAAAUGGAUCGGGCAGGAACUGGCGGUGUUGGAACUGAAGCUCGCGUCGGUUCUUACUUGGGACGUGGUGCAGAAAAGGGAUGGGAUAGGUGCGGCGGCGGAGACUGUUAAUGGUGAACGCGCGCGUACAGAUCUGGAGAGGGUAUUGGUUGUGUCAAAGACGAUUUACCAGUAA